AUGAACGCGAAGAUACGGAAGAUCUGCCGCGAAUCGCACAAGUGGCGAGGCAUACGCGAACACCCUUCUCACGCGGCGCGCAAGGCCGCAGAACGCGAGUAUCGCCGGGCAAUUUAUGUGGCGAAGAAGACCCAUUGGGAGGAGUGGUUAGAGGAUGUUGGUGAGGACGACAUAUGGACGGCAAACAAGUUUGCGAAGGCCGGGGCAACGGAUGGAGGAGCGGCAUCAAUCCCAACGCUGAAACGCACGGUCACACCGGGCGUUGAGGAAGCGGCGGCGACUAAUGCGGACAAGAGCGCUUUCCUCGCCGCAUCAUUCUUCCCGGCCCCCCCAGAGGAUGCGGCGAUCCCGGCCAACACCGUAUACCCACAGCCCAUCGCAGCCGACGCGUCAAUCUCGGAGUCCACAGUCCUGAGGCAUCUGGCUCGGCUCAGUCCGUACAAGGCACCCGGGCCGGACGGGAUUCAGAACGUUGUACUGACCAAAUGUGCGGACAUUCUCGCGCCAUGGCUGGUUGUCGUGUACAACGCUAUAUUGCGACACGGCUACUACUAUGCGGGCUGGAAGGAGUUCCUGACAAUCGUCUUGCGAAAGCCGGACAAGCCAGAUUACGCUGUCUCAAAAGCGUACCGGCCCAUUGCGCUUCUGUGCACGAUGGCCAAGGUUCUGACGGCCAUCGUUACGGAGCAGCUGACGUACCUUAGCGAACAGCACGGGCUCCUCCCAUCGGCGCAGUACGGUGGAAGACCAGGCCGCACGACCACGGACUCGAUGCACGUCCUCAAUGACAUCAUCACGGCAGCGUGGGCGGAGGGAAAAGUAGCCUCUGUGCUAUUCCUCGAUAUCGAGGGCGCAUUCCCCAACGCGGUGCCCGAAGUCUUGAUCCAUGACCUUCGGAUGUGUCGAGUCCCGGCUUAUAUUGUCAACUUCGUGCAGCUCCUGCUCGAGGGACGCAGCACUCAACUGAAGUUUGACGGAUAUGAGUCCGCAGCCUUUCCUGUGCUCAAUGGCAUCCCACAGGGCGAUCCUAUGUCCCUCAUCCUAUACCUUUUCUAUGGUGCUGACCUUCUACGUGUACCCAGGGGUUCAAAGGAGAAGGUGGCAGGCUUUGUCGACGACUCCGCAUUGGUCGCCAUCGGCGACACAUUCGACGAAACGCACGCAACGCUGCAGGACAUGUUUGAGCGGCGAGGAGGUGCCCGGGAGUGGGCGACUAAGCAUUUCUCUCGUUUUGAAACAUCGAAGUUCAAGCUAAUGGAUUUUUCGAGAUCGCCAAUCCAACGCCCCGAGUUGAGGCUCGGCAAUGUCACCAUACGACCCACGCACACCCAUCGCUUCCUCGGGGUCAUAUGGGACGACCAGCUCAAGUGGAAGGACCAAGCCGAUGGUGCAGUGGCGAAAGGCCGCAAGUACGUGCUCGCGAUCCGACGGCUCGCACGCAUCAAGCACGGACUACGGCCGAAGUUCGUGCGUCGCCUCUAUAUCAGUGUAGCUAUCCCGAAGAUGCUGUAUGCGGUGGAUGUGUGGUGCCUGCCUAUCCCGAGGGAUAUACCAUGCGCCAGGCCGACCAUGUCCGCGCGACAAGGCUCACUGGGGGUCAUACGCCGACUCGCAACCGUACAACGCAUAGCUGCACUGACAAUAACAGGAGGACUCCGAUCAUCGCCCAACGACAUACUGGACAUACACGCCAACCUGCUCCCGAUGCGGUUACUCGUAGCUAAGCACUGCUUCCGUGCUUUGACGAGAAUCUCUGCGCUCCCCGAGACUCACCCGCUCUUUCCCAUAGCUGAGUCCAGCGCAGCUGCGUUCCCAAGCAAGUUCCGCAGCCCGCUACAACACCUCUACCACCUCUUCCCGGAGGUGGCCCCCAGUCGCGUCGAGGACAUCAUCCCAAUGCGCCACGACCCAGCGCAUGCCGACCUCGCUUUCACCACAUUCAUCGCCGACUCACGCGAAGAAUCCCAACAUGAUAAUGAUACCUUGGAAACGGUCAUCCGGGUGUACACGGACGGGUCGGGGUAUAAGGGCUUCGCGGGAGCGGCAGCGCUUCUGAUCCGAACCGACGGCAUCCACAACAUGACGCGUAUCCUGCGCUAUUGUCUCGGUCCGCUAACGCAGCACACAGUGUACGAAGCGGAAGCGGUGGGGAUCAUUCUAGGCGCACAUCUACUAGCGACUGAGGAGCGGGAGUUCGCAUCGGAACCCAGCAGCAUCAGUUUGGACAAUCAAGCAGUCAUCCGAGCAUCGAAGCAUCAGCAGCGCGCGCAACCCGGGCAUGGCCUCCUUGACGUCUUUCGUGAUCAAACUGACCGCCUCUUGCAGAACCGCGAUGAGAACUACUCGCUGAGCGUGCGAUGGGUAUCCGGCCAUGACGACGCCGAAUUCAACGAGAUCAUCGACGAGCAGGCGAAGCUGGCCGCGGAGGGCCAUGCAAGCGCACUCGUCGACCUCCCGUACGAACUGCGCACCUGCCUCAAGAUAAGCAUAUCAGCGGCCCGCCAGGAAUACGCACGCCGUCUGGACGAACGGUGGCACCAAGAUUGGCUCAUGUCUCCGAGGUACGAGCGACAUCGCCAUUGGGCGACUGACGCUGCCUCGCGGAAACACAUGCGCGCCACCGCCAGCCUAUCGCGCCUGGCGAGCUCAACGCUGUUCCAGAUACGGUCGGGACAUGCGCCGCUCAGCGCACACCUGUACCGUAUUGGGUGUUUACCGAGUCCCACAUGUGAGACAUGUGGCGAGGCGGACGAAACCGUCCAUCACUACCUCUACGACUGCCCGCGAUGGCAAGACGCGCGGCAACGUAUGCGAGAGGCAGCGGGCAAACUCUGGCGAGAGCGCACCCGCAUGCUAAGUGAUGAGAAAGGUAUAGCAGCAGUUCUGACGUACACGAGGGAAACAGGAUGGGGAUCACGGGGUGAGAGAGAGAAGGGGGAUGGAAGGCCGGAGACGGGAUUAGGGGAGGCGCGAGAAGACGAGGAGAGGGACGUCGGACAGGAGGUGGAGGACGAACGACGCGUGGUGGACGAGGAGUAG